GGGUGAGUCAAAGCUUUAAGGCUUUUGAGCACCACUAAAAAGAAAAGCUGAGUGAGUACUAAAGCAGUAACUUAAUUUGAGCUCCAUGAUGCUUUGAGCACCAUUAGAAAGCUACGUAUUAAUUUUCUUUCUUCUUAGCAAUAACUCCAUUUAGGAAGCUAAGUAUGUAUUUAUAUUCAUAACCAAACCCAACAUUUGGUAUCAGAGCCAUGGUAGGCGAAGGUUCGCGCACUCCCUCACGCUCGCCGGUAUGACGUGGGCGGAGCCCAAUGCGGCGAGGCGGCCGUGACAUGGUGGUACAGCAGCGUGUCGUGCACCAGGCCAGCAGCACCGUUGUCUACCCGACGUUGACGGCGACGAACUACUUCGAGUGGGCGCUCAUCAUGAAGGUGAACAUGGAGGCCCAAAGUGUGUGGGAUGCCGUCGAGGGUGGCGGGAGCUUCACCGAGGAUAGGGUGGCACUUGCGGCGAUUCUGCGAGCCGUACCACCGGAGAUGCACUCCACGCUUGCCGUGAAGGCGACGGCAAAGGAGGCAUGGGACGCCAUCAAAUCCAUGUGUGUGGGCGAUGAGCGUGUCCAUGAGGCCAAGGCACAAACUCUACUCAAGGAAUUUGAUGUCGUCCGCAUGCGGAGCGGGGAGAUGAUCGACGAGCUCGCCAUGCGCAUGAACGGGCUCGCCAACAAGGUUCGCACCCUCGGUGAGACUCUCGAGGAGGUGAAGGUCGUGAAGAAAUUACUCCGCAUCGUUCCAUCCAAUUAAGUACACCCAGGUAGCUCUAGCAAUUGAGCAACUUCUUGAUCUUAAAUCCAUGUCCAUGGAGGAGCUUGUGGGAAGGCUCAAAACGACGGAGGAUAGGAAAGAUGCGAACGACGGCUUCGACAACGGCGACCAUAGCGGUGGAGGUCGCUUGAUCCUCGCGGAGGAGGAGUGGCUUUCUCGCUACCGCGGCCGCACCAAAAAGAAGAAGAGUACGUUCGACAUCCGUAAGGUUCGAUGAUACAAUUGUCAAGAGUAUGGGCAUUUCUCCAAGGAUUGCACAACACCAAGGAAGGUACAGGCACAUGUCGCCGCCGCGAUCGACGACGACGAGCCGGCGCUGCUGUGAUGGUCCGCGAGGAGUUCAAAAUAAAUGACAACAAGUUUAAGGGGGUGAUUGUUGGAAUUAACCUUGUUGUUUAUAAUUUCAUCAUGUUUAAUUUAAUUUAUUUUGAGUCAUUGAUGCAUUUUAGACUAGAGUGUGAGUGCACGGCGGGAUGAGUCAUGCCAAGUAGUGUGCGUCGCGUGAUACCGUGCAUGUGUUGUAGCGGUACUGAUAUGCGUAUGUGCCGUUACAUUAGUGUCAGUCUAAUUUGGGUCAAUUAGUUAAGUUGCAUAUUAAGUUAUUUUACAUUUAGUUAAUUACGCAUGCAUGUAUUGUGUGCGCGUAGUGGUGUAGUGGGUUAGUUACACAUGCAUGUAUGUGUGUAGUGGAUUGUAAUCACCAGUAUGUAGAAUGUGUGUUGCAUUGUUUAUAAAUAGAAAAUGGGUGAGUCAAAGCUUUAAGGCUUUUGAG